GAAAAAUCUACCUACACGAAAUCUGUCUGAAAGAUACAUUUUAUAUAGAAACUCCAGCCGUUGACAGCUGGUGUUUGUAUUUACGUGUUCAUUAUUUUUAAUUCAGUCAGACAUGCUGCUCUAUUUAGCUAGCACUAACUGUUUUAGGUUGACUUAUUUGUUUUAGCAUUGGAGUGUUUGUUGUGUUUUCUUAGACAUCGUUAGCUGUCUGCUAUCAUGGCUGAUGCGUUCAGUAGCAGCUCAGACACCGUGAUUCAGCGAGUGGUUGACGUUAACCUGAAGGAAAACACUCCGGCCGAAAAACUCAUCGAUUUAUACGAGAUCCUGAAGACAUGCGCGUUCAUAAAGAAGCACAGCUUUGGAAAGGUCGCUUUGCAGUUUCCUGACGAGCUGCUGGUUGAUUCAGCAGCAGUGGCUGCAGAGAUCGAGAGAAACACUCAAACCAAAACAUUUAUUUUGGGAGAUACGUCUUAUGGAAGCUGCUGUGUUGACGAGGUGGCGGCAGAACACGUGGGAGCUGACUGCAUAGUGCACUACGGCGGCGCCUGCCUCAGUCCGUCCAAACGGCUUCCCGUCAUGUACGUCUUUGAGAAAAGGCCCCUCGAUGUGGAGAUGUGCGCCGCUUCUUUCAGGGAGCUUUACCAGGACACACAGACGAACAUCCUCCUCCUUCAUGAUGUCAACUACGACCACGCAAUCGGCGAUCUUCUAAAACUCCUCUUACCAGAGUAUCCAAACCUUACAGCCACUGAGCUUGUCGUUGAAGGGGAGCAGUGCUUCAGUCAUGGACGGACUAAACGACAAAAUAACCAAACCUGUCCUAUUCAGGAUGAAAACAGCCCGGUGGUUUUUCAUUUCGGACGGCAGUUCUCCUUAAAAGUCGGUUCCUCUCUGACGGAUUACCAGAUGUUCUAUGUUGGCCAGGAGGGCGCCACAUUACGAAACUUCAUGAUGACCUGGAAUCGCUGCUCCUUCUGCUCUUUUGAUCCCGUAUCAAUGAAGGGAAGGACCGAAUCUGUUAACGUCAACCGUGCUCUAAUGAAGCGCUAUUAUGCCAUUGAACGGGCCAAAGACGCCAACGUGGUCGGGAUCCUCGUUGGCACCCUGGGCGUCGCAGACUACCUCGCCGUCAUCCAGCAGCUCAAAGAGACUCUUCAGAGAGCCGGCAAGAAGAGCUACAUGUUCGCCAUGGGGAAGCUCAACGUUCCUAAAUUGGCAAACUUCCUGGAGAUCGACAUCUUUGUGCUGAUUGCAUGUCCGGAAAACUCGCUGCUGGACUCCAGUGAGUUUUACAAACCUGUGGUGACGCCGUUCGAGAUGGAAGUGGCCUGCAACAGGAAGAGGGAGUGGUCUGAGGAAUACGUCACAGAUUUUCGACAUCUGCUGCCAGGUGGACAGAGUCACGUGCCGAUGUGUGACCAGCAGGAAGAUGACGAUGCGACCGAUGUGUCGUUAAUAACCGGGGCCCUGCGGAGCCAGAACCUGCUGAACGGCGAGCCUGUAGAGUCGUCGUUUGGCUCCUCUGUGGUUCUGAGGAACCAGACUCUGACUGUAGCCAACGCCAACUCAGCAGCGUCUUUUCUGGCCGGUCGAAGCUGGCAGGGCCUGGAGCAGAAGCUGGGAGAGACUCCUGUAGUGAAGGCAGUAGAGGGCAGGAGAGGCAUAGCUAUCGCAUACGAAGAGGAAGGAACAUCAUGAUUUAUUGAUGUCAU